GUAUAUUUUCCGAAAUUAAUUUAUGUGCUAAAUAUGUCACAAUUUCGAUGCGAUCCCUGUGACAUGAUUUUAAACAUACUAACCAAAGUUACUUGAAAAUAAAAUGCAGAAUACCGAAACAUCAUGGCGUAAAAAUGGAGAUUGGAAAGCUCGAUAUUCCAAACUUUACUCAUCUAGAGGUUUUUCGUUAACUAAAAAAGUGGAACCUCAACGUAUAUCUUUCAUGAACAACGACACCACUCCGUACACAUCACUUCUAAUAAAGUUGAGAGCCAGUCAGAGGGAUACUUCCAUAAAAUCAAAUGACUCUUUGCCCCCGUAUUUAACUUCUUUGAUGUCACAACAGAGCGAAAUCUAUGGCACAAAACAGAACAGUCAGCAGUCCCAAAGUCUGGGUAUUAAUGAUACUCUUUUACUGGACAUGGUGCGUUCAAGAAGUCGUGAAGUAGAGGACGAGUUACGGGAUCAGCCGCUUAUGUUAACUGGUGACGAUAAUGACAAUCAAAAUUUGAACGAGUCAUGUGUUCACGGUAUGAGCAUCCGCAUGACAGAGCGCAGCGCGUCUCGUUCACGUGUCUCCCGGAUGUCUACACGUCGUGACAUGGACAUACCGUCCAUACUUGCAUUCACUACAACAAUGCCUGCUCCUCCGACACAUUUAGAAAUACCAGCAUUUCAAAAAGUAGAGCAACGACGUGAGGAAAUCCCACGAUGGUCGAUACGGCGAUCAGUCUGUCCCGUGUGUUCCCAAAAAUGGAAAGAUAAAAGCUCUAUAACGAACGUUAAAUAUUCGGGUCUGAAGAGAAAUUCAUUAUAUUACGAGUUGCCAUCUGUUAUUGCACCAGCUCGAUUGAGGACAUUAAUCUCAAUGGGACACGCCCCACGACCAGUGCCUGCAGCUAUUGAUAAAGAAACUGGUGUACCACAUGGAGGUCUCCGUAAUACGAGCACUUCGUGGCAAUUGACAAGGGCUCGUCGCUUCAGAGCACCUAAACCUCAACUCCCUCCACCCGAAGCAACAGCGCCACCAAGCUGUAACGCACCCAUGGCACGAAAAGAUUUAGACCUACGAGUUUCUCGUUUUCUUUCGGAUGAAUUUACAUUUACAAAUAUAUAAAGUAUAUUUUUUAUUUGUAUUAAAACAUUACAAC